AUGGAACGACGAUUCGGCGCCAACGUCCACGGGUCGGGGGUAGGGUCUCCACCGAUGCGUGCUUUGGAGGCGCUGCAGACGCUACAGAUACCACGGAUUAGCUGCAGCUCCAGGGUUCACCUUUGCAAAAAUGCUUUCAACUUGUCAAGGCAAGGCAAGGGCCCUGCAUCUGGGCGGUGUCUUUGUGCUUCGGGCUGCCUAAUGCCGACCCGACGAGGCAGAAGCAACCUCAUCCUCGCUCGUCUUUCUGCUUUUCCUUCGUGUCUCUCUUGUCUCUGCUGGCCCUCCGCUGGCCCGUGUCCCCGUUCCCAAUGCCCAACGGCAGCCCCGAUCAUGCCUCUCCUUGUAGAAGGGGCCGUUCAUCGCUUUUAUUCCGGAGAUUUGGUUUGGGCAUCCUCAUCUGGCCACGGCAAUGCUGCCGUGAAGCAGUAA